UUUCAUUUCUCCUUGGUCCUAUCAACAACAACACUAACAACUAGAAGACCAUCAUGACGCGCGUCCUGCUCACGCUCUUGUCGGCUGCGUAUGUGGCCGCGACCGCCAACUUGCGCCAGCAGCAGUUCAAGGUCUGCAAGGUCGACACGGAUUGCAACGACGGCUUUUACUGCAAGCCCACGGACGACGGGACGUUUGCCAUGUGCCAGCCCGGCGGCCGGUCGCCAGCGCGCAACUUUGUGUGUGUCGACCACGCCGACUACUGGGGCGACGACCUCUCCAACCUCCGGACCGGCUACGACGGCUGCCUCUAUGCAUGCCGCACCAACGCCAACUGCAAUGCAUUGGCAUGGCUCCAAGAUAACGCUGGCGCCAGCGGCACAUGCUACCUCAAGCGCCUCCAGAACACGGCGCGCGCGCCGACGCCCGACGGCCGCAACCUCAAGGCGUGCAAGGACACGCCGCCAGUGACAACGACCAAGUGGGUCUCGGACGCUGGCUACCAGCUCAAGGGAGAAAACAUUUCCAUCUCCACGACCGUUCCGACGCUUGCCGCGUGCCAGGCGUCGUGUGCGAGCACACCGGGUUGCGCCGGCGUGUCCCACUCGACGUACUUUACCACGUGCAUGCUGCACAAAGCGGCUGACAACUACUUUCCGGUGUGGAGCAAGGCGGUGCCCCUCGGGGCCGUUGCUUCGAUCCCGCACAACUACAAGGCGUGCUACGACCAGUACGACGUGCCGCACACUGGCGACGUCAACAACUUUUUGGGGUCGUUCCAAGACUGCGCCAAGUGCAUGGCGAACGGCAACGCCGACGCGUUUGCGUGGUACCUCGGGCCGACCGGCGCUUAUGCGCAGCCCAUCAACGCCAAGGGCACGUGCUACUGCAAGAAGCUCGGCGGCAGCGUGCCUCCGCCCCCGCCGGCGCCGCGUUCCAUUGGCGGCACCAUUCUCUGCAUCAACUAAGUUCGUAGUCGUGUGCGUCGACUAUCUUGCAUGUCAUGCGUGCGUGGCAAUCCUAUGUAUAUUUUCUUCACACGUCGUG